ACUCCUUAUUUUCACUAUUUUGUAAAAAAAAUAAAACUAAGAAAACCCUCUCGGGCAAUCCAGCGCUCGGGCAACGCACCAAAUGUGUGAUCUCCCAAAAUUGACGUUUAAUCUCUAGUUCCUUCGUUUCCCCUGGAUCACUCAGGCAUAAGAUGGUUCCAUGGCAACACAUGGGGCCCUUAGAUAACCCACCAUGGUGUUCCUCUGUUUCGCAUAAGGAGAGUCUGUUUCCAACUCAACCCUCCAAAAGUUGCCCACUAAGUGUUUGUGAAAAUGUUUCAAUGGCUUCAAGUGGUGCUGGACAGGUUUCUUGGGCAUCAAAUUCAAUUGUUGAUGAUACCACUCCUGAAGGCUCCAACAUCCCCUCCCCUGCCUAAGAAGUCUAGUAAUUUUUUAGGGAAAGAAGAUCAUCAACCCGUGUCCCUUCUAUCUCAAAACAGUGAGGAAAUAGCCCCCAGGGACAGUGUUUUUGCUUCUCUCAACAGCAGGUGUUUCAGCCUUUCAGGUCUCCCACCCCCUAUUGACAGUGAAGAGCCCACGUUUCAGCCCCUCCCCAAAAUAGGGUUUAAGAGGUCCCAGUUAAAGUCACACUUCCAAUACCUUCUCACUAGGAUGUCCCAAGAAUUGGAUCCUCACAGGAGGUACAGUUCACAAAAACAUGGUGAAGUCACACCAUCAAAAGGUUCAUGCGAAUCAUCAAAAGCUCUAGUCACACAAGGUUUCCACCAGGGGUUAAACCAGCAAGUUGAUUACUUUAUCGAUCCUCGAAGCCUCACGUUCUACAAAAUAAUCGAGCAGAUCGGAGUCUCACUGCAUGACAAUAUUCGUGUGUAUCGGGCAAUGGAAUGGGAACUGAACAAGACUUUCAGGCCAUACACGGAGGAGUUCAUCUUUAAUGGAUGGACAUCAGUCAUGAUCGCGAAUUCCAACGAAGCCGGUUUCAUUGAGAGCAGCUUGCAGACCUUCAAAAACACAUUCGUUGAGCCGCAUGAGAGCUUCCUGCAAGUAGUCACGGAUUUUUUGAAUAUCGCUUCGAUGGAUUAUUGCAUGGUCAUAGGGUUUGCGAAAAAGCUCUCAUGGGGCUCAACGAAUGUAUUUUUGAUGGUCUCCAAGCUGCUCUCAAUGAAACUCAUGAAACCGUCUUCGUUUGAAUUCGCGAUUAUGACUGAUCUCCAUCCUUUAAAGAUGAACUCCUCCGUGUAUGGCCUGAAAGUCUUGUUCAGUUCCCAUUCCAUUGCCCGAUACACACGAAAAUUGUGAUGCCGUGAGACUCCGAUCUGCUCGAUUAUUUUGUAGAAUGUGAGGCCUCGAGGAUCGAUAAGGUAACCAACUCGCUGAUUUAACCUCUGGUGGAGACCUUGUGUGACUAGAUGAGCUUUUGAUGAUUCGCAUGGACCUUUUGAUGAUGGUGUGAUUUCACCAUGUUUUUGUGAACUGUACCUGCAUAUAUAGUUCAUUCAAUUCAUCCGCUAUAUAAUAAUUAAUGAGAUGGAGAUCUAAUUAACCAAAUCAAACCCCAAUAUAUGCAAACAUAUACUUAAUUAAAUAUGUUCAUUUGAAUUAGAGAGUCUUCUACCACUUUAACAAAGCUAAGGGAUGUUU